GCGUUUGCACGCAGAGCCGGGGGGUCGGGGGGGGGGGGCCGGGCACAAGGUUCGCUCGGUCCCGCCCUGGAGCUGCCCAUAAAGCCCCGCCCGGCCCGGCCCCGCCGCGACUCGGGCUGCGGAGCAGGAUGGAUUGUAACCGGGCGGCGGCUCUUGGCUCGGACCCCAAGAACCAUGAGGCGGGGAAGAAAGAGGGGCACGCGGGGCACCCCAAGCACAAGGACGGGCACGGAUCCUCCUCGGACUCCAGCAGCAGCUCCAGUGAGAGCGACGGGGGGCACCACGGCAAGCCCCACGGCCCAGGCCACGUGCACAAGGAGAAGAAGAAGAAGCUGAACAAGGAGAAGAAGCCGAAGGAGAAGAAGGAGAAGUCCAAGGAGAAGAAGAGCCACUGAUGGCAGCGCCAGGCCCGGCCGCGUCUCACCCAGACUCCACCCCUGGAUCUGGGCAGAGACCCGGCGCCAGAGCAGGGCUGGGAGGAGACCCAGCGGCUCAGCCUGGCACCCGCGGCCGUCGGCUGGUAUCUUGGGAGCCUGCCCUUUGGAGCCUUCAUUGAAAUAAACAAGCUCCGACCCA